CAUGGCGUCUUCGUUCACCCCAAUAGGCAGCGAAAACACAACAGCCAUAGCGGUGAUUGAAUUAACCUGCAAAUUGGAUAACAGCUCCAAUGCCGGAAACAGUUCCAACAUCACCGAUGUUCGUGCAAAGGAACUUCAGGUCAAUCAAAUACUGAUGAUAAUCUCUUACGUCAUAAUAUGCGUAAUCGGACUAAUUGGAAAUGGACUUGUUAUUUAUGUGGUCCUGCAAUUUUCAAAGAUGAAAACGGUGACAAACAUGUACAUUUUGAAUUUGGCAAUUUCCGAUGUUUUGUUCUUGAUCAGCUUACCGUUUUUAAUAACAACUAUGAUGCUAGAAUACUGGAUAUUUGGAAAUGCGAUGUGUAAGAUAUAUUUUGUGUUCUUCUCUAUAAACUUCUUCACUAGUGUAUUCACGUUGACAGCCAUGUCUGCAGAUAGGUACCUCGCCGUGUGCCACCCUGUUCGAUCUGUAUAUUAUCGAACAACACGCAUAGCUUUCUUCGUAUGCCUGAUUAUAUGGUCUAUCUCCUUCCUCGUGAUGUUGCCAAUAAUCCUGUAUUCCAGAACCGUUUCAAACAAAAAACAUAUAGGGAAAGAUACAUGUACCAUCAAGUGGCCAGAUGACCAGCCGAUACCAGGUGAGAAGGCGUUUACCUGGUAUACAUUUCUUCUUGGAUUUCUCAUUCCCGUGGCAUUGAUUUCAGUGUUUUACAUUUCGGUCAUCCUACGGUUGAAAAGUGUGGGGCCACGGAAGAAGUCAAAGGAAAGGAAAAAGUCCAACCGUAAAGUUACACGAAUGGUUCUUGCCAUGAUUUCAGUGUAUGUCAUAUGCUGGCUACCUUACUGGUGUUUCCAAGGAUAUCUGACAUUCAAACCUAAGGACACGAACGUACCUGACUGGCAAAUUUAUAUGUUUAGCGCCUUUACAGUGCUCUCGUUUGCGAACAGCAUGAUUAAUCCGUUACUUUAUGCUUUCCUAAGUGAGGUGUUUAGGAAAAGCUUUAUGAAAGCAUUUAAUUGUGCUAGAUUUAUAGAGUCAUCUAAAAGCACAGGAGCUGACUAUAGCAUAUUUCCAAGAUCGACAACAAGAAAGGAAAACGGAAAAGAUGAAAAGUAUGAGUUUACAUCUAUGGUCAAUCAGACGGAAAAUACUUGCAUGCACACGAACAAUGCGUUUAAUAUGACUCCAAUGAUACAAAAAGGAGAACAAAACGAUAACGAUAUUCCGAAUAAUGAAACAAUACAAUAUGUGGACAAGGAAAUUCAGACGAAUAGGCGUGAGCGUAGAAGUGAUCAACUUGAACCUGCAAAAAACGAAUAAAGAAUGAUGAUCAAAGGAUAGUAAAGUUCAUAUGUGUUGCCCCAAUUUUGAUCGCUCAAGAUGCUGACAGUUUGCGCAUUCGUCUGACAGUUAUUUGUAGACAGGAAAGGUUGACUGAUUCCAUGUGGCGACAAACUGUUCUACGCAAUUAGCCAUUGUCACAUACGUACUACGGAUACAGCGCAUGUUAAGGGGCUGACUUACAAAGUGGUAACUCAAAAUGAAGGUUUAGAUAGUACCGGUGUUAUAUAUGCAUUUAUAAUUAUAAUUAAAGUGCAUAAGAACCAUACGUUCCAUUGAAAACUUGCAUAUAAGGAAUGAAUUGCGUGGUUGAUGUCAUUAUCGGGUAUUAACGCAGUUGAGCUGCUUAAAGCGUGUGGAGUCCGAAGGACUGAACGCGUCCUUUAACCAGCCCAACUUCGUUCAUAUACUCGAUAAUGACAUUAACUACGCAAUGUAUGACUUUUUUUACAUCAAUAGUUCAUUACUUCUCUUCAAGAAGAAGAUUACUUAAUUUCAUUUAAGAAAACCCUAAAGUAAUUCUUUCUCGCCCAUUCUGUAAAUGGAACGACCUGCCCGUAACCGAAAACAGUCUAUCAUAUGACGUCAUAAUGACGGGAAAAAAAUAAGCACUUCAUCGUUUAAUCGAUUUAUAACGUAAAAAGGGUAACGCUGAAGAAAACAAUUCAUCCUACAAUUAAUAAAUUUACACUUUUCAACAUGUUGAUUUGAAUUUUUUUAGUUGCCUGCCUACUAAAUACAAACACUAACAGGAUACUUUUCAAUUUAUAUCUAAACGCGACAAUUCGUGAUCCGAACAUAUUCGAAGAUGUUGCGUUGAUUGAAAAUGUUCGCAAUACUCGAAAGGUCGUUCAUUUAAGAAAUGGAAGUUGAGGUGUAAAUGUAUAAAAGUCAUUGACCCGAAAGUUAAUUUUAUGACAAUGUGUAUGAUAUUAUGUCGCUUGUUAUGAAUUGCAUUAUGCAGGAUCAUGAAAACAAAAAAUACAUAUGUCGCUUGCUUUUUUGUCGGUAAGAAACACUAUCUAGAUAUCGAAAAAAAUAAUUGGAUUUAACGAUUUUUUUAAUAUUGGAUAUUGUAAAGCUUUGGGUUUUUUAAAAUUAAGUACGCGUAAUCAUUACAUUACAUAUGUGACAAACGUUGUCAGCUUUCAUCUAAUCUUUACAAAGAGUCCGAAUACACGAACUAAGUGGAUCUCCUUACUGUUUUUAACAUGUGUCAAAGAAGUUCGCAAAAACAGUUUACAAAUCAUAAUCGUGAGUUCUACUAAAUGUUGUCUAACCACACCGCAAAUGCAUCAUAAUGCAUUUCGAUUAAAAUUACAUUUAGCAUUCUUAACAUAAACCAAAUCAAGGGGCAGUGUCUUAUUGGUACAUAUGUUCUUGUUUUGAUAUAUUUAAGUGUCCAUAGUAUGUCUCUAUGUUUUGAUCAGACACUUGAAAAGAAAACGUGCACGUGAAUAAAAUUAAAGAGACUUUAUAACACUUAGCAGACUCGCUCAGCUAUCGUGUAAUUAUCUCCCGGCUUCGGGAGGUGACUUUUGUUUUGGCGUUGUUCGUCCGUCUGUCAUUCCGUCCGACCUUCCGUUCGUCUAUCUGUAACCAUAUAUUGGCAAAUUCAGAUUACGUUCAGAGAUCUCGAAAGUGUGUAUAAGCGGAUCAAAUGAGGUCAAAAACUAAGUCAUUAGGUCAAAAUUUAGCUUCUUUUGGUUUGCAAACUUAUCAUCGGAACCAUAUUUUGGUAUGGAUUGGUUAAAUAAUGUUCAAACUUGAACAUGCAUUUUUUAGUCGACUAUUAAUCAAACUUCAUCAGAAUGUUCCCCCUUGAUAACGUCAGAUGAUAUUUACACUUGAACAAAAUGGUUCUCUUAAUAAAAUCUCACAGCAUUUGGUUGGUCACAUGGGUUUAAUAACUAGAUCAGUAUAUUAUAAAAGUCGUCGAGAGGCAUUAUAGCUGGUCCAAUAUUCAUGAAACUUUAUCAGUAUGUUUCCUUGAUCACUUGGUCAGAACCUGAGUCAUUAUGUCAAGUUUCAUGAAAAAAUAACAUGUUCAAAACCAAAUGUUCGUCUUGUUUGGUCAGACUUUGUUAACAGUGAAGUCAGAAUAAUCACCUUGAUAUUAUCUUGGUAAACUUUAAAAGUGGGUUACAUGGGGUCAAAAACAAGUUCAUCGGUUCGAAUCUUAGUGAUUUUUUGGGACAAAAGUAUAGUGUUUUUGUUGUGAUUCUUACAGUAAAUUAUAUCAUUGUUCAGUAUCCUUUAAAACGGAGUGUGACUGUCAGUUUUUAGUGUGUUUCAUAUUUUAUUUCUUUUUGAAAAAUAUGUGAUCGUAAAUAAGUCAACAAGACUGAUGCUUUCCUAAUCAGAAAAUAUACAACGUCACUUGAACCAUUCAUAUUAAUGUACUCAGUGUUGCAAAGUUAAUUUGACUUCCAUAUUUUCCUCAGGAAUUCCUCAAGACACAUUGAUAAUACGAGCAUUUUAUUAAAAUGGUAAAUUGUAAAUGUGCCAUAAAUGUAAGCCUCUUGCAAUGCUUCAAGUUCACGGCAUUAAUCAUAACUAAUCAUAGUUUACUUAUGAUCAAAUACAAUCUUUUUUCCAAAUAUUAUAGAGGAUAUUUGUUGAUUUCAGUGUAUGAUCGUAUUGUAUUACACGAGUGUCAUAGAAAAUAUAGUUUUUCAAUAAUCAUGAGUAAAGUAAAAUGAGAUAUUACUUUUAAAUCAACAAUUUUUCUGUAUCAUUUAUGCUUAUUGUUGGAGUUUUAUUGGUGUGUAACUUUAUUUUUCUAAAUAGACUUUUUUGAAAAUCAUAUUAACUACGCUACUUCCCGAGUGAGGGAACUCGGCAAAGGA